AUGUUGUUGCAACCACAACAAGACGUCAAUGCUCUGUUGCACAACAUGUGUGCCCAGAUCUUGGCAUUGACUACGCAACUCGCCAAGCUGCAGGCAAAUCCCCCUGCGGAAACCCCCUCGGUUGAGGAAAAGUUCAAUAAGAAAGUCAAAGUUGUCGCUGACCCUGGCGCCUUUGAGGGAGACCAAGCGCGAUUUGCCGAAUGGUGGAUUAAACUCCAAAUUUGGGUCAAGGCAAACUGGAAUGUGUUUGCUGAUGACUCUGAGGAGUGCUACACUGCGGGAGUGUGGCCUACCUGGGAUGAUCUCAAAGUAGAGAUCGAAAAAUAUCUCAAACUGCAAGCUGAGCGUGACUGGGCGCGUCAGCAAAUCCGUUCCUUCAAACAAGGCAACAUGAGGACGGAUGAUUACGUUACCCGGUUCCUGGCCCUCUCCAUCCAAGGAGGGCUUGGCAAUGAACACGCAGUAGAACUGCUGGAGCGCAAUGUGAACCCCCACAUUGCAAAACAGCUUUACCUGCAGGAUAUGAGAAGUGAGAACCUCUCUGAAGCAGCAGAGGAGGUUCAAAAGAUAGGUUAA